GCAACCUCACGCUCCCAUCUUCCUGUUUGAGUGCUGCAGCUGGAAAAAUGGCAGCUGAAACAGGCAAAUAUAGGAGUGCUGUCAGCAAAAACAAAGACCCUUCUGGUCUUCUCAUCUCUGUCAUAAGGACUCUUUCCAGCAGUGACGACGUGCAGGACAGAGAGACGGAGAAAGGACGCCUGGAGGAGGCCUUUGAAACAUGCGAUAGGGAUUUAGAUAAACUGAUUGUUCAGCAUUAUGCAGAACUCACCACUGCCAUCCGGACCUACCAGAGCAUCACAGAGCGCAUCACCAGCUCCCGCAAUAAGAUUAAACAGGUGAAGGAGAAUCUGCUGUCUUGCAAAAUGCUGCUCCAUUGUAAGAGGGACGAGCUGAGGAAGCUGUGGAUAGAAGGCAUUGAACACAAGCAUGUCCUUCAGCUGCUGGAUGAAAUUGAAAGCAUCAAACAGGUUCCUCAGCGUCUGGAGACCUAUAUGGCGAGCAAGCACUACCUUCAUGCCACUGACAUGUUGGUGACAGCAGUGAAGUCCCUGGAAGGCCCCUUGUUUCAGGUUGAAGGGCUAGGAGAUCUUCGUCUGGAGCUGAAAAACAAGAAGCUUAACAUCCACUUGGUGCUAAUCGACGAGCUGCACCGGCACCUCUACAUAAAAUCCACAAGUCGCCUCGGACACAAGAACAAGGACAAAAAUGCGGGUCGAGUUUCAGGGUCCUUGACCAAAGAGACAUCUCCGAUGCCUGUUUUGGAAGUGAGCGGCCUGUCAACUCCACGGAAGCUUUUGGAUUCUUCUCAGUUCAGCACACCUGGAUCCAGCAGUGUUCGUGAACUGCAGCAGGAUAUUCGGGAUCUGAGUCAAGCAGAUCUUUCUGAAGUGGAUCCAGAGGAAAACAGUGCUGAGUUCAUGGGAAUACUCAUCAAGGCUCUUGCCAAACUGAAGAAACUUCCCGAUACCACUAAAGCCAUAAUGGAGCGACUGGAGCCUGAAUUGAAACAGAUCGUCAAGAGAUCCACCACUCAGAUAGCAGAUCACGCUUACCAGAGAGGAGAAAAUCUAGCCCAGGAGAGCCAGCCAAGGCUGCUGUUGGAACUGCUGGAGCUGCUGUUUGAGAAGUUCAAAGCGGUGGCGCAGGCGCACAGCGUGGUUCUGGUCCACAUGCAGCAGAUCGCUGCACACACUCUGGGUGUGACCCACGAGGAGGAGAUCAAGCUCUACGAGCAGGCUGAUGUGUCUGCCAAAAUCCAGACAGUGCUGCAGGUUCUGCUGAUGGAGUAUCUGGAUGUGAAGAACAGCCGCAGUUCCACUGAGCAGUCGGCUCAGCUCUCCUACGCCAGCACUGGCAGCGAGUUUGCCGCCUUCUUUGCGAAGAAAAAACCCCAGCGUGCUAAACAGUCACUGUUCAAGUUUGAGUCAUCGUCCCAUGCAAUCAGCAUGAGCGCCUACCUGAGAGAGCAAAGACGAGAACUUUACAGCAAAAGCGGAGAAUUACAAGGUGGGGCUGAUGACAACCUGAUCGAAGGUGGAGAAAUGAAGUUCGUGUGUAAGCCAGGAGCGAGGAACAUCACUGUGAUCUUCCAGCCUCUUCUAAGAUUCAUUCAGGAGAUAGAGAUGAACAUGGGCCCCAGUCAAGCCAAGCAGUGCCAGCUCCGAGCUUUCCUCACCUACUACAUUAAUGACCUCUUCCUUAACCAGGUGCGGACAGAGAUCAACAAGGAAAUCCAAGCAGUAAGUAAGGCUGCUGACCCCUUGAAAGUACUCGCUAAUGCUGACACGAUGAAGCUCCUUGGUGUCCAGAGACCACUGCUUCAGAGCACUGUGGUUGUGGAAAAAUCGAUCCAGGACCUCAUGAGCCUGAUGCAGGAUCUGAGUGCCUACUCCAACCAGUUCCUUGAGAUGGUCUGUGACAAGCUCAAAGAAUACAAGGAAAUCUGCAAUACAGCCUAUAGGGGAAUAGUCCAGUGUGAGGAAAAACUGACCAUCAGUGCUUCCUGGGCUAAAGAUGAGGAUAUAAGUCGUCUCCUCCAGUCCCUUCCAAACUGGGCAAACAUGGCGCUACCCAGACAGACGAGACAGAAGAGGGAAGAUGAAGAGGACUUUACACGUGCUGCUUUUGCUAAGGAGUCAGAGGUGCUGACGGGGAACUUGGGAGAUAAGUUAAUCCCCCAGAACGAGAUCCUGCGUGACGUCAGCGACCUCAAGGCUCUGGCCAACCUUCAUGAGAGCAUGGAGUGGCUGGCUGGUCGCCUUAAGAUGUUCUUCAACAACCUGCCUCAUGCGUCCAGUGCAACUCCAUCCACAGCAGACAGCCAGGUGCUUGGCGAGAGCGAACGUAGCAGGGAGCAGAUUCUCCAGACUCUGAGCGAUCUUUCUCGGGGCUUUCAGGAUGUUGCUGACCGUUGUCUGCUGGUUUUACAUCUGGAGGUCAGGGUGCAUUGUUUCCAUUACCUGAUCCCCCUCACCAAGCAGGGGAACUAUGCCAUUGUGGCUAAUGUGGAGAGCAUGGACUAUGACCCCCUGGUGGUCAAACUGAACAAGGACAUCUCAGCCAUAGAAGAAGCCAUGGGAGCCGCCUUGCAGCAGCACAAGUUCCAGUACAUAUUUGAAGGUCUUGGUCAUCUCAUUUCUUGCAUUCUAAUCAAUGGAGCUCAGUACUUUAAAAGGAUCAGCGAGUCUGGCAUCAAAAAGAUGUGUAGAAAUAUCUUUGUCCUCCAGCAGAACCUCACGAACAUCACCAUGUCCAGAGAGGCCGACCUCGACUUUGCCAGACAAUACUAUGAGAUGCUGUACAACACUCCAGAUGAGCUGCUGAACCUGGUGGUGGACCAGGGCGUUCGCUACACAGAGCUCGAGUACAUCAAUGCCCUGUCUCUGCUCCAUCGCAGUCAGACGGGCGUAGGGGACAUGAGCACCCAAAACACCCGUCUCCAGAGGCUGAAGGAGAUCAUCUGCGAGCAGGCCGCCAUCAAACAGGCCACCAAGGACAAAAAGAUCACAACGGUGUAGCAAAAAAAUAGAGGGGAUUACAUUGCCUUUGUUACUGGUUGCUGGUAGAUUUCUAUGAGAGUAAAGAUUGCUUUAGACAAGAUUGUGAGAAUCUGUUUUAAAGUGUGUCCUUCGUCUGUUUUGCCUGAUGUGAUUAAAAGAGUUGUGGUUGAGAGCUGACAGAUAUACAUCUUUCCAGCUCUUGAAAUGGAGAUCAUAUACAAGCAUACGCUGCACUGACUCACUCUAAUUGGGGAGUUAGGUGACAGCCAACACAACUUCAAACUUUGCAAGUCUACUUUCUAUAUCGGGUGUCUUGCAUUCUCAGUUUCCACUUAAAAGACAUAAUAAAUCCUUGCUGCUGGUCGAACCUUCUAACAGCUUUCAGCUUUCCACAACAACAGCUUCAGUUAAAACGACACCAUCCUGGACAUUCACCUGAACUCAUUCCUUGUCUCAUCUUAUUUUCCUAUUAGAACCCAAACUGCUGCUCUCAAUUACACCUCCAUCUCUCCUUUCCCGCCAGCCCCUAUAGGCUCACUGAUUCUGUCUGCAAUAACAGAUGCCAGAUUAGACUGUCUGAAUGAGACCACAUCCUCCGCCUGCUGCCAAUUUAGUUUGGUCCCCAAAGAGUUCCCUAGCAGAGAAUUGUAUCAUAUCUGUAGUUGUCAAAAAUCUGUGUAUUGGUCUGCUUUUUUUAAGUUUCUGAAGUUAACUUGUGAAGCUAUGCCAGAGUAAAUCGCAACUUUUUUAUAAAUUAUACUGUUCAGUUCUAGUAUACCAGAGCUAGUGUUUUGCAGAAGUAUUCACAUUCCUUAAACUUUUUUACAUCUUGUCAUGUUCUGACCUCAAUUUUAGUGUAUUGUAUGGGGGAUUCUUAAAUAUUUGCUCAUACUUCCUUGCAAAAUGGGUCAAGCUCAGUCAGACUGGAUGGGCUGUUAGCAUAAAUCUUCAGUAUAUUUAGGGUUGUUGUGCUGCUGGAAAGUGAACCCCAGUCACCCCAGUCUUUUGUCUUUUACAGCCACUAAAAGGUUUUCUUCUGGGAUUGAUCAGUACGUAGCCUUAUCCGUCUUCCCAUUAAUCCUGACCAAAUUUGGUGUCCCUGCUGUGGUCCCCACAGCAUGAUACUGCCUCCACCAUGCUUCAGGAAGGGCAUGAUGUUCUGGGUGAUGUGCAGGGGUAUUUGUUUGCUUCACAUUGCAUUUUGCAAGAAAGUAAAAUUUUGGUCUCCUCUUAGCAGAGCACUUUCUUCUAUAGGCUUGCUAUGUGGCUAGUGAAAAACUUAUGGUUUCAACACUCUUCCAUAAAGCCCAGGUUUGACUAUCAUGCCAACAGAUUCUCCCACCUGAUGUAAGGAUCCCCACUGCUCCUCCAGAGUUAAAUAAAAUCCUAAUAAAAUACAAUAGAGUAUGGAGUUGUAACAUCAGAAAAUGUAAAGAAAGUUCAAUGGAUAUAAAUACUUUUUGCAAGGCACUUUAUAUAUAGCAAGUGGUGGGUGUUGCAAUGCAUCCACUGCAAUCAUUUUGUAAACCGAAAAUAUAACUUUCUGUUUAAAUCUCUAAAAAUAAACCAAACACCAUAAACACAA